AUGGAAGGAAAUGUCGCUAGAGCUGCGAGGAAGGAAGACUGGAAGAAGGUUCGACGACUGGUGAAACAAGGAGGGAACGUGAAUUGUGUGGAUGAAUCCAGACAUACAGCUCUGCAUUAUGCUAUCAGGUAUGGAAAUUCAGAUAUUUGUUCGUUCUUGCUGUCACGUCGCGCUAACGUCAGUCAUUCAGAUAUGUAUGGAAAUACGCCGCUUCAUGACGCUGCUUAUCAUCAUUAUGUCGAUAUCUGUCAACUGUUAGUUGAUCACAAAGCUGAUGUUACUUCUGUUAACAAUGAAGGUCAAACUCCUCUUCACAGAGCUGUUACUAGCCAAAUGGUUUCCCGCUGCCUUCAACAUCUACGCGUAGUGAAUGUUAAAAAACCUAGAAUUGAUUACUAUCAGACUGUCCAGCUGUUAGUGGAUUGUGGAGCAGAUCACUUGGCAUGCAGUAGGCUUCACUCUGAAACUUGUAGUUUAUUGGUAUCUCAUGGGGCUAACAGAACAUCUCUAAACAAGCAACAGAAACAACCUGUGGAAUUGGCAAAUGAAUCUGUAAUGAUGAAAUUUAAAGUAGAAAAGAGCAAUCAUGCUUUACACAUAGCAUCAAGAAAUGGUGACACUCAGACUGUGCAGCUGUUAGUGGAUUGUGGAGCAGAUGUAAAUGCAUUGAAUGAAGAUGGACAAACAUCACUACAUACAGCAGCUGGUAGAAAGAAAGACUGUCCUGAAUUGUGUUCUAUUUUACUAAAACAUAAUGCCAAGAUUGAUGCAGUGGAUAAAGAUGGAAACCAACCACUACACUUGGCAUGGAAACGAGGUCAUACAAGAACAAGUCGUUUGUUACUCUCUAAUGGAGCAGAUGUAAAUGCAUUGGAUAAAGAUGGACUAACACUGCUACAUACAGUAGCUGGUGGAGAGAAAGACUGUCCUGAAUUGUGUUCUAUUUUACUAAAACAUGAUGCCAAGAUUGAUGCAGUGGAUAAAGAUGGAAACCAACCACUACACUUGGCAUGUAAACGAGGUCAUACAAGAACAAGUCGUUUGUUACUCUCUAAUGGAGCAGAUGUAAAUGCAUUGGAUAAAGAUGGACUAACACUGCUACAUACAGCAGCUGGUGGAGAGAAAGACUGUCCUAUUGAUGUAGUGGAUAAAGAUGGAAACCAACCACUACACUUGGCAUGUCAGGCUGCUUUAAUGUCAACAGUUAAACAUCUGUUGGAUUGCAAUGCUGAUGUGUUUGCUACAAAUAAUUCUCAUCAAACUGCUCUUCAUAAGGCAGCUUGUAGCAAGAGAGAUUGCCCUGAGGUUUGUGUGAUGCUCAUAGCAAAGGGAGCUCAAGUGAAUGCUACAGAUGGCAAUGGAGACACAUCUCUACAUGUUGCAUAUCAGAAAGGAAAGAUGAACACAGCUGAUGUGUUAGUUGAAAAUGAUGCUGAUUGCAAUGUAGUGAAUGUGUGUGGUGAGACAUUACUGCACUUGGCUUGCAAGAGUCGUGUUGAAUGUGUUGAGUUGUGUGAUAAGUUGAUAUCACAUGGAGUGAACCCUCAUAUAGCUGACAGAGAAGGAAAGUUACCUUUACAUGUUGCUUUGAAGAACAGACUUGCUAAGACAUUUGGCUGUUUGCUGCAAAAGUCAGGUGAAGCCAUAUUAGAUGACUUACAGAAGGUGAUUAUUGAUAAAGAAGAUCUUGUAGCCAUUUUCAGUAGAGCUCAUAAAGCUAACGACAUUAAUACUUGUGGUCAUAUUAUUAAAUUUAGUGCUAAGUUAGACCCUUCAAAUAGAUUAUCUCUGAGAGCACUAAACUGUCAUACAACAAUAGGAUACUUACUCAUUCAGAGAGCAGUGAAAGAACAGAAUAUUACAUUUUGUCAGCAUUUGAUUGACCAUGGAGCAUCUGUAAAUGCAGAUGUACCUCACAGCUAUCGAGAUCAUACUUUCAAGGACCCUCCUUUACAUCUAGCAGUAAAGUUGGGACAUACAGAUUUAUGUCGUUUGCUGAUAGAACACGGUGCUACUAUUGAUCCCGAGAUGACAGGCAGAAUAGGUGCAUUGCAUUUAGCUGUUGUUAAUGAGCAGAAAGAUGUAGCAAGACUUCUUCUGUCUCAUGGCGCUGAUUUGAGUAAAGUUGAAAUUAGUGGAGAAUCUGCUUUGAAGAGAUUAGAAACACGAGGAAAUGUCAAAAUGGCAUCAAUCAUUCAGGCUACCGAAACAUUUCCUGAAGAGAUCGUGUCUCAAGGAGAGACAGCAUUGCGUAUCUAUCUGUCAAGUUGCAAUGAGGGAUCAGCAGUGGAUGUGUUUUUACGUGUUGAUGUUGUCGGUCGUGAUGGUGCCGGUAAGACGAGCUUAACAAAAUCUCUCACUCUGCAGAAGUUCAAUCGUGAUGAGCCGAGCACAAGAGGAGUGGUGUUUGAUCCAAAGUGUCAGAUUAUUGUGAAGGAAGCAUGUGACUGGACCAACCCUCUAACAAGUGCUGACUACACAGAAAUAUAUGAGAAGAAUGUUGUGAUCAAUAUGGCAGAUACACUCGACACACCACAAGUGAAAGAUCAAUAUUUCAAGUCAAAAGAAGGCCAACGACCAAAGAGACAGAAACGCAGACGUGUUGCAAGCAAAUCAUCAAAGCAAGAGUUACAUGAGCAAGCUGCUCCUGUUGACAUGGACCUUUCACUGUCUCGUGUACCACUUAAUGAUUUUUCUCAGGAGUUGCCCAUUACUUCUCAAAAACCAACAACUUCAGCAGUUCCACCACCAUCUGUUGCAUCAGAUUUGUUGUUGUCAUCACAAACGUCGUCAAAUUCGUUGCCAGUUGAUGAUUCUAGAAAUUUGUCUGACAUCCCAGUCACAAAUGCAAAAGCAUCAGGUGGUACAGGCAUGCUUGUUGCUACAGCAUGUCCUGUGUUAGAUCAGAUUGAAUCAGAUUUUAGAAAUGUAGACAAUUUAGUUGUCGAAGGAGACAGCAAAUCUAUGGCAGGAAGAUAUUUGGUUGAUUUACACAGCAGUCAGGAAAGUAAAGCAGUAAACCAGCAGACAAGCAUUCCAACUGCAAAUUGCCAAUCGGCAGGAAUAAAUGCAACACAAGUGACAUCGAUAUUGUCUGGCAGUGUUGACGCUCCUUCUACUGAGAAUACAACUACUCUACCUCAACACAUUCAAAAAAGGGUUUCUAAGAAUUUGAGAGACCGAAAGUCUUGUCAAAAGGCUAAGAAAGAAAUCAUGCUUACUGUGUUGGACUAUGCUGGUCAGAAUGUGUUCUAUGUCACACAUCAUUUGAUCAUGUCAAAAGCUGGUUUUAUGUACAUCGUGUUUAAUGCUUCUCUACCAAUGGACGGCAAGACUCCAUGUCAGUUUCGCUCAGAAGAUGGACGAAUCAUCCACAUUCCUUUGUUUGAUAACGAAACAAACUUUGAUCGAUUGGAAGAGUGGGUAUCAGGUGUUCAUAUAAUGGAAGGUGAUCAGUCACGUCGUAUCAUGAUAUUUGAGAAAGUAGGAAUCAGAUCACCUGCCAUGUUUCUAGUAGGAACGCAUGUUGAUGAGCUAAAGGAGCAACCAGGGAUGAUUGAGAAACAAGAUGCAUUCAUAAGGAAGAAACUGGAGGGCACAGUGCUGGCAGAGCAUAUCAUAUGGGCAUCUAAAGAUGUAAUGUGUUUCUAUGUGGAUAACACAGUGACAGAUCCAGACAGUGGAGUCGUAGAUCCACAGGUGAAAUUACUUCGUCAGAAGACAGAGGAGGUGGCUCACAAGGUGGCUCAACAUGACAGAUUGCCCAUCAGAUGGCUCAAGUAUGAGCAGAAGGUACGAGAAGUGAAAGUCUCUUAUCCAACAAAGAAGACGACAACUGUUGAUGAAUUACUGCAGCUUGCCAUGAAUGCUGCUGGAAUCAAGAGUCGAGAGGAGCUGUUGGUGUUGCUGCAGUAUUUGAGUAGUCGUGCAGUGUUGAUGUAUCAUCCCAUGGCAUUGAAGAGUGGAGAUGAUGAAGAAGUCGUGUUAGAUGUGGAAUGGUUUGUAUCACAGCUGCAGAAAGUGAUCACGAUAUACAUGGAAGGUGAUGUUCCUCCCAUGUUAUGGAAUGAUGUAAAACGCAGCAAAGAGAAAGGCAUCAUGACAAUGUCUCUUGUGAGACAUCUUUUAUCAGAUGCCGAUUCUGCUCAACGUCUCAUUGUGUCACUGAUGAGGCACUAUGAUUUGCUGUGUGAGUAUUCUGUUUUGGAAGAGGAGAAUUUGAAGACAGCAAAUUGCCAAGAUUUCCUUAAUUUUGAAGUAGAAAGCAAAGGUCCAUUGCAUAGUGAGGAAGAACAGAAUGUGUUAGAGAGUGACGCUUGCUUCAUUCCUUGCCUUUUGGAGCAUGCAGUUGGUCUUGAAUCAGAUAAGAUGAAUGACGAGCUGAAGUCAUUGCCCCUCAUCUUGUCAUCUGCUCCCAUUCGCAUUCCUCAGCCAUUAUUCUACAGAGUACUGACUCUUCUGUGUAAACGUUUUUGUCGCUUGGCAGUUAUUUAUCGCAAUGUGGGCUACUUCCACAUCUAUCCUGGUCAUCGACUGGAGUUUGCUCUCAACAGAUACAACUUUCAAAUGACUGUGUUGUCACAUACAUCUCUCAAUGCCAAGGUGUGUGUUGCUGUUCGUGAGUGGAUUGUGGAUGUUGUCAACAAGGCGAAACAGCAAGGAAUGGCAGGUCUGAAGUUGCAUCUGGGAUUUAUGUAUGAAGCAUCGAUUUCAGAAUCACAAAGUUGUACAGUUGAGUUUAUCUCUUUGGAUGGAUAUCAAAAUACUCGUUUUGAGCUCUACAGCAGUGUGACAAAACAUGAAAUUCAACCUCCUGACAGACUUUCUCUUUGGUAUCCACAACUUGAGUUUUCAGACACUGAAAUGAUGUCAACAGUAUGUGGCACUUCUCAGCCAUUACAGCAUAAAUCUAUCAGCCAUAUGACACCAGUCAAGUCCCUCAUUGAUGAACCAACUGCAACCUGUUUGUUGGCAGUGUCUAAACUUUUAGAUGAAGAUGAUGAUCUAGGCGAUGACUGGAGGAGGUUAUGGUCUGAGCUGUUAAACAGACCUGUUAAUGAAGACGUGGUGAGCAAGAAGUGUGUGAGCCCCACUCUUUAUGUGCUAAAGCGAUGGUGCAAGAUGUUAAUUGCUAACGAAGCUACAAUAGGACGACUGAUAAAGGCUCUUAGUGCAAUAUACAGAAAUGAUGUUGCUUGUGUGCUAGAAGAAUACUGUCAGAGCUCAGACACAUGUACUACAAUGCUGAGAUCACCUGCAGCCACAGUUUUUAAUGCUGACGAGGUGAAACCAGGAGAGUUGAGUCGUCUCGCCUUGUGCAUAAAAGCACGUUGGAAAGAUGUUGCAUUAAUUCUAGCGCCUGGCCUUUUUACAGUCACAGGAGAAAUCAGUGCUAUAGAACGUGAGCAUCCUGGUUCUCUAUUGGUUCAAGCUAAAACCAUGUUGGAGAUCUGGAGAAACAAACUUGGUGUCAACGCUCAUCGUCAUCCACUAAUCAAAGCAUUACUUGACUUGGGACUGAGACUUCAGGCAAAUGAAGUAUUUGGAGACAAAACUGUGAAACAGGUAGCAUCACAGCAGUGAAAGGUGCAGAAGCAAGUGGGAGGACUGACUGUUGAAUGUAUAUAGGAAUUUAGCAAGAACAUGUGCAUACACAUUGAAGUGACAACAUUGGAUCUGCUGCUUAGAGCUCUAGGUAUGAUGGACGUAAGUCUUGAUCAGUAGAAUGAGCAACAAGAUUCAAGGCAGUAAUGAAUCUAACAAGAUGAACACAACUGUUCAAUAUUUUGAUCUUGUGAAGUAUCUGUACAUACAGUAUGUGGCAACUUAUGCUAGGGGAUAUCAUGAGGCUGCUAGUCGCAGUAACCUAAUGUACUGGUGUGAAUAGAACGACCACAAAUUAUUGUUUGAGUAGGCACGUUUGUAGCUCCUGUAAAGAACAAGAUUGCUAUACAGUUAAAGCCAGAAGUUUGUGUACAUAGAUUUAUGUGGUGUACACAUGCUGUUGUCUUUAUCUUUCUGUCUGCUUGUCUGUCUGCUUGUCUGUCUGUUUGUCUGCCUUCCAGUCUUGUAAACAUGUGGUAAAGUGCACAACUAUUGCAGGUAAUGGCACAUAUUGUCAAUCAGUAUGUACAAUAUAAUAGAACGAAAAGUAUGAAUA